AAAUCAAAUAAAAAAGAAGAGUUAAGUAUUAUUAAUUUUAUGCUAUUAGGUUAGAAAGUAUAAAAUCAAAACGUUAUUUAUGAUUAGAACAAUAUGAAUCCAAAUUUAUUGAGUUUUGGCUUCAAUUUUAAAAAGGCGAUAAGAAAAAUUAAUAGGCUUUACAAAAAUAUUAAUCAUUAUGGCACUAGUAAAGAGAUUAAAAACGUACCGAUCGAAAAAAUGAGAAAUAUUGGCAUUUUAGCCCAUAUCGAUGCCGGAAAAACUACGACGACUGAAAGAAUGUUAUUUUUGGCUGGUUUAAUUCAAAAUAUGGGAGAAGUUCAUCGAGGUAAUACGGUAACUGAUUAUAUGGAACAAGAACGCGAAAGGGGAAUCACGAUAAGAUCGGCAGCAGUUACAUUUUAUUGGAAGAAACAUCAAUUUAAUCUUAUCGAUACUCCGGGACAUAUAGACUUUACUAUGGAAGUAGAACAGACUCUUAACGUGUUAGACGGAGCUGUAGUAGUGUUGGACGGUACUGCAGGUGUCGAAGCACAAACUUUAACAGUUUGGAGACAAGCGGAUAAAAAUCAAAUACCUAGAAUUAUUUACGUGAAUAAGAUGGAUAGAAUGAACGCAGAUAUUCACCUUUCGUGCGAAACUAUCGAAAAUAAAUUGCGAAUUCCUUAUUUAUUACUUCAAUUACCUGUUAUAGAAGAAAAAAAGUUUAUAGGUAUAAUAGAUGUGUUAACUAUGGAACUCAUUACUUACGGAAAGCUGAAUGAUAAGUUCGUUAAAAAAACUCAAUUAACAGAAGAAAAUAUUUACUUCGAAGACGCCAAAUUAGCCAGGUCAAAAUUAGUGGACAAGUUAUGUAAUUAUGACGAUAAAUUAGCAGAUCAGGUUAUAUCAAUAGAUUCUUUAGAUAACGUAUCGACGGCGGAUAUAAUUAAAUCUUUGAGAACCGUGACGAAAAAUCAGACCGCGGUUCCAGUUUUAUUAGGAAGUUCUUAUAAAAACGUCGGCGUUCAAAAUUUAAUGGACGCCGUCGUUCUAUAUCUACCUACGCCAAAUGAUUCAAAUAGAAUAUUCAAUUCAUUCGAGGACAAUUUAUGUGCCAGAGCUUUUAAAGUGUUACACGAUCAACAAAAAGGACCGUUAAUAUUUCUAAGGAUAUACAACGGAAAUUUGAAAAAAGGACAAAAGAUAUACAGCUUCAAACAGGAUUGUUCCGAACAGAUUGGUAGAUUAUAUGUAGCGUAUGCGGACGAUUACGAAGAAGUAGAUUCAAUCACCACUGGAAAUAUAGCUGUGGUAACUGGAGUAAAAAAAAUAAUGUCCGGUGAUCUGAUAACAAAUUCCAGUACAGCCGGUCAAAAAGCUAAAAAUAAUAUCCUCAAAAAAAAUAAAAACAUUGAAAAAGAUAUUGACAAAAUAUUGGGAAUAGGAGUAUCAAUUCCGGAUCCAGUAUUUUUUAGAUCUAUCGAGCCUACAAGUGCAAGUUAUCAGGCAUUAUUAGAACAAGCUUUAAACGAAUUACAACGGGAAGAUCCCAGUCUCAGGGUAAGUUUUAAUGAAGAAACUGGACAAACCGUACUCGGUGGUAUGGGAGAAUUACAUCUGGAUAUCAUAAAAGACAGAUUAUUAAAAGAAUAUAAAUUGGAAGUGGAUUUAGGUCCGCUUCAGAUAGCUUAUAAAGAAACUCCGAUACAAAAAUUAACCGAUACUUUAACUGUAGAAACUAAAAUAGGUUCCAGUAAACAAUUUAUAACAACAAAAUUAACAGUACAACCCAUAGAUAUAUCUAAAUCUUCGAAAGAGAUAUUAAAAUUAGAUAAAAGUCCGGAAUACGCGAGCAAUAUCGCUAGUAUAUUUCCCAAACAUUUAGUCGCCGUAAGACAAGGCAUAGAUGUGGGAUUAGCGCGAGGACCCAAGAUAUGUUGUCCGGUCGUUAACGUCCAAGUGAUCCUACAUUAUUUAGAAGUAGGUAAAGGUACUUCGGAAACGAUGAUAUCGGCUACAGUUACACAUUUAAUUCAAAAAAUAUUGAAAGAAGUCGAUACGAAAAUAUUAGAACCUAUAAUGGAUUUGGAAAUUAUUUCACCCGAAGAACACGUUUCUGUUAUCAUAUCUGAUUUAUCUAGGAGAAGAGCCAACGUUUACAACAUAGGAAUUAGGGGUAAUUCUAAAGUAAUUUUAUCCAAAACUCCGUUAUCUGAAUUACUAGGAUAUUCUACCAUAUUGAGGACAUUAUCAUCUGGUACUGCUACGUUUACCAUGCAAUAUUCAGAUUGUGAAAAAUUGUCUUCGGAAUUAGAAGCUAUCGCUAUUAAAAGUGUUCGGGGGUUCUGAUGUCAAAUUAGUGUUUGAUUAUUUAAAUUUCUAUCUGUGAUAAAUGAAUUUAAUAAAAAUUAUUUGUUUGUUGAGUA